UGACCCCUGGUCUAAAGCCACAUUCUGAGUGAGUAGAUGGCCCUUUAUAAAGGCAUCAUUCAUGCACCAGCUCCCCAGAGAUGCUCAUCACUAGGAUACAGAAACUGUCUGCACCCACUGUGUUCAAUGGGAGGAAGGGCAAUGCCACUCUUGGAUAUUGGGCCAGGAAGAGCUGCUGAGCUUCUUGGUUGGGGGAGGGGUCCCAAAAGUUCAGGGACCCCUAGAGAAGAAGGGAGAAAUGGGGCUUAUAACCUUUGCCUAGGGUUUGUCUGCCUUUGUCUAGGAACUAUUUUUCCAAGUGGAAGGCUCAGUUUUCUAAGCAAGCCAUGUCCCGUGUUUAAAAAAAUAUGAGUUUGCAAUUAAAAUGACUGUGACACCUGGGCUAGGACAGGCCCGCUGGGUACUAGGACAAUGCCAACAGCUUUCUGGUGCCACUGCUCUGCCUUAUUUAGUAUGAUAAAAUACCAUCUUGCGCAAUUACGCAGGGAGCAAAGCCACGUGCGUCUCCCAGGGCAUGACAGAGCAGGGCAGAGCGAGAGAUUUGGCACAUGGAGUCAGAGCCCAGCCUGGCUAAGACUUGCCUCUUUCUUACUGGAAACCUGGGGGCAGUUUCUACCUCUGCUAGAGGAGAACAUUCCCAACCUGUCCAGUGCGUGUGGAGGGAAGGAGGCCCCCCGGGAUAGCGCUACGGGGCCCUGGGCCUUUACUAGAAACUGAUGUUUCUUUUCACCGCGCCCCAGGCACUCACCCCCCGGGAAGCUCUGUCUCAAGGCCCUGCGGGGCUGGAGGCUGAGAGCAAUGAGCGCCGGAGGAAGCGCUGAAGGCCAGAGCAAUUAGCCCCUGCCCGCUCCGCGCGCGCAGAAAUAAAUUCGGAUCCGCAGGGCAAAAGGCCAGAUAGCGCCCGCGGGUCUCGAACCCCCGGAGGGGCUGAGUUUUCAAUAGAAUGAAACUGCGAAGGAACCGCUGAGCUAAAGCCGGCCCGAUAGCACAAUCUCUCCGAGAGCUCUAAGAGUUCUCAGUGGGGUGGAGCCACGCAAAUGACUAAAGCAGGAGAUUAAAUGUCAUAGGGUCCUGGAAGGGGAAAGGCCAACCCGACGCCUACCGCAAGCGCCUGGCUGAAUUGCAUCCACUACUCCCCUGCCAAGACCGAUCCAUGCCAAGAUGGCGGCGCCCAGCGAGGAAUGCUGAGAUUCCUGAGCAUGAUUCUACAGCAAUUAGUUUGUCCCCUUUAUACCUGGGGCCUUGACCUGUUUGCAUCAUAUCUGGCUUUUGCUGGCGUUGUCUGUCUGCACUUUUGAUUCAGUACAUUCACCUCUUCAACUGUGUCUACACAUGAACGCGCACUGGUCUAACCAAAGGGAAUGUCUCAGGAGCUGGAGGCAGCCAUGGAGGAGGAGGAAGAUGCAGGACACAUGCAGGCAGAUCUGGAGCAGGAGGAGCCGGAGCCCAGGCUUCGAGACACCCCAGAGGACAUCUCCUUUGAAGCUGCUGCCAACACCAUUGCUUUCCACCCCAGCCAGGACAUCCUUGCAGCCGGCGAUGUGGAUGGCGAUGUCUAUGUAUAUUCAUACUCUUGCCUGGAGGGUGGGAACCGGGAGCUCUGGUCCUCGGGACAUCACCUGAAAUCCUGCCGGGAAGUGUCCUUUUCCCACGACGGACACAAGCUCUUCACUGUGUCUAAGGAUAAAUCCAUCCACAUCCUGAAUGUGGAGGAGGGCCGGCUGGUGACACGCUUCUCCAAGGCUCACAGCUCAGCCCUGAACAGCCUUCUGGUGAUAGAUGAGCACCUCUUUGCCACGGGGGACGAUGGCGGGAUGCUGAAGGUGUGGGACCUCCGCAAAGGCACAUCCAUCAUGGAGAUGCGGCAGCACGAGGAGUACAUCAGCAGCAUGGCCAUAGAUGAGAACAAGAAGCUCCUGCUCACCACCAGUGGCGAUGGAACUAUGGGUGUCUUCAACAUCAAGAGACGGCGCUUUGAGCUGCUUUCAGAGCCUCAGAGUGGAGACCUGACGUCCAUCGCGCUGAUGAAGAGAGGGAAGAAAGUGGCAUGCGGCUCUGGCGAGGGAACCAUUUAUCUCUUCAACUGGGACGGCUUUGGUGCCACUAGUGACCGCUUUGCAGUGAAGGCUGAGUCCAUUGACUGCAUGGUCCCAGUCACGGAGAAUGUCCUUUGCACAGGUUCCAUCGAUGGAGUCAUCAGGGCAGUGAAUAUCUUACCUAAUCGGGUGAUAGGCAGCGUUGGACAGCACCUGGGGGAGCCCAUUGAACAGCUGGCCAAGUCCCACACUGGUCAGCUGCUGGCCAGCUGUGGCCACGACCUGAAGGUGAAGUUCUGGGACAUCUCAUCACUCUGCUCUGUGGUGGUGGAUGAUUACCGGAAGAGGAAGAAGAGUGGGCAGCUCAAGGCCCUGAGCAGCAAAGCCUUGGGCGGCAGAGAGGACUUCUUUGCCGACCUGAGAGAAGAGGCAGAGGCACCGAAGGAGGAGCAGGAGGAGAAGAGCAACAGCGAUGACAGUGACUGAUGGAAGCCCAGUGGCCUCUGGGAGAUUCCAUGGUCAGAAAGCUCUGUGGGGACAUGGACUAUGAAGCCAGCAGAUUCUGCAGCCAUGGGAAGGAUGCGUCCUCUCUGUGUUGUGGAAGCAGCUGGAGGCCAAGCUCAUUUUCCCAUAGAGGACUGGCUCAUCUGGGAGUGUUCCUGCAGGCCAGAGUGCUAACAGGGCCCUUGGUGCAGCUGAGCUGACGAGACGCAACGUCCCUCUCUCUGUCCUCAUUAAAGGCCGAUGCAGGUCUUAUGGGGAGAGGGACUGGAACCUCCUGCCAGCUGGGAUGACCAGGCUUUGUUUGGAAAGAAGCAACCCUCCUGAUGGGAAAGGAGUUUCUCCAGUUCUCUCUCCAGGAGGAAACAACAUACCUCAGCCCCCUCUCCACCCUCUGCCCCAGCCCCUCCCUUGUGAGCUCUCACAAGCACCAGGUGCCUUAUGGGACAUGGGCUGAGCCCUGAAUUCCUUCCUCACGCCUGCUGUUUGGCAGGAGCCUGGAGGUGAAUGUGGUGGUCUGUGGUCCAGGAGCUCUCACCAAAUUCCUUUGUGCACCAAAGAAUCCCUGCAGCAAACAGUGUGAAUUCCAGUCCCCUCUGCAUGGACCACUGGGCCAGGGCCCUAGAGCAUCUGGCUGUGCUGGUCUAAAGCAGGUGCCUGAGCUCUGGGUGCUGCCUGUGGGAUGACACAGCAGAGGGUUCCCCGUUGCUCCUGUGUCACCAGAGAUGCCGAAAGCCACUUUCUCAGAACUGCUGCUUAGGCACCUGUAGUAAUGAGAUGUGGGACUGGGAGGGGAGUGGGAAGAAGAAUCCCCCCAGCUGCCAGCCAUGUUUCACACCAACCCCCUCCUUGGCCUCUUGAAGUUUGCUACAAACUACUAAGCUCAGAGCCCCUUUGCUGGUCCAGGUGAUAUGGGCACUGCUGCCAGCUGUAUUUCUGUCAGGCCAGGCUUUCCCCUGCCACCCUCACAACUUCUCCCUUUAAAAGUGUCUUCAAGAAAAAAACCAGCCAGUUGUACCAGCUUCUCUCCAAGCUGAGAAGAAUCAUGUAGACAAGAAACUUGGACAAGAUACAGUGCAGGGCCCAGGUGUUGUCUGUCUGAGGAGAGUGACUGAUUCCCAUUGUGAAUUUGUAUGUGAAUAAACCAUCAGGAAGCCUGUG